GCGCUCGCGCGGGGAGAGCUUUGUGUCCCGUGCGCCCGGCGCGCGCCGUACGCGUCUGGUCGCGCUCGGCGGAGAGAGCCGUUGGAGGAGGACGGAGCGCCGCGACGCGUCGCGCUCUCCCCGAAGCCAAUACUCGCGGGCGGCGCGUGCUAGCUGCGCAUUGACCGCCGCCGCCACCGUGCGUGCGUGGCUCGCUGCGCUCCUUGUUGCUCUGGUGACGCGUCGUCGUGUGCGCGCGCGCGUGGUUCGUGUGGUGGGACGCCCCGUGACAAGCGCGGCGGGCCCGGUGCACCAUGUGAGGCGAGCAUGCGUGUCGCCUUCGGAGCUCUGCUCGUCGUCGCCCUGUGGUCAACGUCGUCGUUGAACGGACUGUCGUCAAAGCCAGGAGCAGUAAUGGCAGUAGCAGCGGCAGUAGUAGCGGGACAAGGACUAGUGGCCGUGACCGCGCAGCCGGAAACGGAAGCGGAACUGUUGGCGAAGCACGUGUGCAGCCGCUACGAGAUGCGGCUCCGAUGCGACGAGGGAGAGCUGGUGGCGAUCCACGACGCCAUGUACGCCAGCGAACCGCCACCGGACGCGCCACCACCGAGACCUGGCUGCGGACCGGUCUUCGAAACUACCGAAGACGGAGCCACGGCCACAUCCGUAGCCUCCGCUGCAAGCCCGUGCCAGCAGGACCUACGCCUUGCGCUAAAUAGCAGGUGUUCAGGCGAGGUGCACUGCCUGUUCAGCCUGAGCCGGGACCAGGCCGAACGGCGUUGCCGAGGCGAGGGCUCGCUGCUGGUGCGAUACCGCUGCUUGAACGAGCGCUCGCUGAUGCAAAAAUGUGGCACCCACUUGCGUUCUCCGACCGAGGGCUACCUGUCCUCCCCCGGUUUCCCGCACUUCUACCCUGCGCUGUCCAACUGCUCCUGGCUCCUGGAGGCGUCGCCGGGACAGACCAUCGUGCUCAGGAUACUCGACGUGUCCAUCAGGCCGCCCAGGCCCGGCGCUCCGGGACCACUGCUCGACUCGCUGAGCGAGUCCGACUGCAUUGAAGAUGCUCUGAGCGUGCUGGAGUCCGGCCGGCCACUGCUGGUCGCCUGCGGGGAGUCGCGGCUCAGCCUUCGAACCCUACGUUCCACGGGGCGCCGACUAGUGGUCCGCUUCCGCACCAGGAGCUUCGUGCCGGCCAGAGGGUUCCUGCUCAAGUACAAGUUCAUGGGUUGUCCGACGCCGCCGGCCCCUCGGCUGGGAUACCUGGUGCACCGCGCUGAGGAGACGGCGCUGUACAAGUGCUGCAAGGACCAUAUGUUCAACGACACGCAGAUGGACACCAGGACGCUGGUGUGCCUCCGAGGAAACACCUGGAACGACAGUGUCCCGGAGACGUGCACGCCCCGCCUGUCGGUAACGUCAGACGACACCGUCCUGGAAGAAGAAGAGGAACCAGUGCUUCAGGGUCGCAAGCAUCCCGACGAAGAUGACGAGGGUGAUUUUCUCUCCACCCAGUUUCUCGCAGAUGUGCUGGUGCCUUGCUUGGCCAUGGUGUUCCUGCUGCUGGGGAACGCCGUGGUCGUUGUCGUCAUUUUCAAACUAAAGAGGAAACGACGGCGGCGCCUGGCCAGUGUCGUCCACCAGCCGGACAUCGCCCUGCUCGUGCCGCCGCAGCGCACCGAACCGCCGCCCUGGAAGCACGGCUGAUCGACGGGGCCGGCCGCGCAGCAAUGCGCGCGACAACAACACACUGCGGAGUCCGGCACGCGACGACGACGACAACACGCGAGACGCGGCUCAAGCAGGCGGCAGCGCACCUUACCCGAGUGUUAUCAAAAUGGCGGGCAGUCUCGGGGCAACGGUCCAGCCUACGGCAGAGCCGAAACCCCAGCGCGAGUGACGGCUUCGUAGAAGGAAGCCAAGGUAAAGUCUUCGAGCUAGGUCGCCGAGGAGAAGGCCUACGAGGUGCGGAACUCUGAGAGCUAAGCUCCUCAGCGAGGAUGUGUCAAGAAGGAGGACGUUUAAGAGGCGACCUCUGAAGAGAAGGGCUCUCGAAGGACAAGGUCUUGAGGAGGAAAAGAUUAAGCUUGGGAGGCAAAUCCUUGGAAGAGUAAUCCGCGAGGAGAAGUGCUGUGAAGGUGUACGUCCUUCGAGGACAAGCCUUCAGAGACAAGUCGUUGAAGACGCCCUCCAAGGACAAGCCUUGUGAAGCAGGUCUUUGUAGAAUCGUGUCCUCUGAGGAAGCUGUGAGGAAUGACUUCUUGGAGGUACACAAUCUUCAAGGACAAGCCUUUGGAGACAAGUCGUUUAAGGCACACUUCCUCUAAAAGCAAGCCAUGGGAAGCAAGCUCGUCUAGAGGCAUGUCCUGCGCUCAGUGUUAUAGGCGACCUCACAAAGCGGAAUAUCUUCCUCACCUCUAUAUUUAGUGGCGAGAAAAUGUGUUUUGGUCAGCAAUGGGAGCAAAGCUUCGAGAUCUGGGUCUUCGCUGUACACUCUGUUCCUGGUGACUAUAAGCUCACGGAAGUUGUGCGUCUCAGGAAAGCACGGCACCCGCCCGGCGUUACCACUGCCGUGUCUCGAUUACCACAAGCAGCGUUGCUGAUGGACCGGUGAUCAAAUCAAAUCUCUUACGCUUUCAGAUCACAGAAGAAAGCAGCCGAACAAAGCAAUGCAGUCAGCAAUCAACCGGUGGUGUCUGGUCCAAAAUCUGCGCUAUUUAUUUACCCUCGGCGAAGUACGACUUUAAGAAUCACGUUACGAAUCACGAAACAUUCGUUAUCGUACACAUAUUCAUUUCGCGACUUGAUUAGUCUUUUUUUAUUGUCGUUGGGAAGCACGUUGAGGAAGGUGCUAAAGAUUCGCGAGAGCGAUGCUCCACAAAGCAUGAAAUGACAAUCUCCUUCUAUAUUCCCUUGAUAUAUGCUGACAGCAAUGAUCAGCUAGAUAUAUAUUGUUACGUUUCUACAUUCCUAGGACAGUGUUGUGGAAGCUCCUUUUUCGGGAGUAAGCACUCGUCCCAAAUUUAACGCCAUUUCCGAGAGCUAUUGUACUCUUCCACAAAGAGAGAGAGAGGAGGAGGAUGUUAAUGAAAGUUGAAGAUGUUAGCCCUGCUUUAAUCUGGGCUUGCUCGCUACUUCAAAUGGGGUGAUUGAAAUAACGAAUAACGAAAACGAAAUAACGAAUAACGAAAAAAAAAUAAUAAUGGAAAAAACAAAUCAAGCCCGGAUGACAAAUGGUCAAAGGAUGUCUGUAAAUACUGACUGGCUUAUGUGUGCCAUCAGGCUUUCGAAGCUUGGCUUGCGCCUUUACUUCUGUCCCAAGGUCUCAGAAAAUCACUAGUUUGAAUUUGUCCUCGUAGUGUAUUUGACCUCGUAAUGCAUUCAUCCUCGUACGGUAUUUGUCUCCUCUGAUUUUUAAUACACGGAGUACAUGAAGUCUGUGGUGGAGUACUAAAACUUCUGAAAUGAAGUUAAAUGGGGGACAAGCACAUGCUCAAACCAAAGGAGUUCCCUGCACACCUUUUCUUUCUUUUUAAGAAUCUAGAAGUGUAGAAACCCCGUGGGAAAGAGCCCUGCUAUAACUAGCUUAAAAGCAUUUAGCGGACGCGGUGUGCAUAUUUGUAUAAUUGUUUUAGAUAAUUCACCCUGUCCGCGAAUUUUCCGACUUCUUUAGAGUACAUUGGUAGAGUGGGCCUGUGUAAUGUAAGCAUGCAGUUCGCUUGAUUCUAUUCCGCUCUUAUAAUACACCGCUCGCCCAUGUCCUGCUGAUGUGCAGCUGGAGUGAACAGUGACAAAGCGCGGAAAAGAAACGGAUUAAAACAGAAUUGUUACACUAUACCGGCCGCAGUUUGCGAUCUUGUAGAAGGGUUCAGAUGAAGCGAAGUGCAGGAAAACAGACGCGGACGACACAAGCGUCUGUCCUGCUCUGAUACACUGCCACAUGUUCCACCAUGUUUACGUUUUCAGCCAAUCGGAGAGGACGCAGCCGCUCUGUCAUCCAAUUUGGUGCUGACGAAGUGGCGAAUUCGGCAAUAAUGGAGCAACUUGACAGUAUUCGGAACAGCACACAUGACCACUUAAUCGUCCGCCUUUCAUUCCGGCAUGGCGUCUCGCCGAAAUACCCGCAUGUUCGUUUUCUGCAACGUUGCAAAAACGAAUGCCGAAGUAUGCGAGAUCAUUCCAGAGAGCACGAGAACGCUUCACCGGUAAUUUAUGCAACGUCUAGUCGAUUUGUUCGAGCUCUAUAUAUAGAUGAAUAUAUUUCAAUACAUAUGUGCAGAUCCAUUUAUUUUAUUGCAUCUGUGACACACACUAGUGACGAAGGUUAUGAAAAAGGAAACUUAUAAUAUAUGGGUAAUAGGAGUGUUAUAUCAUGAAUUAGUAGGUUGUCGCCGCAAGAGAGGGUUGCCAAGAUCACUCAGUGAAUCAAUAAAGCCACUUUGUACCAUUAA